AUGCAGACCAUUGAAAAAUUUAUCAAAGAGUCCAAUUCGUCAGAUGUAACCGACGACGAAAUAGUUACAAUUAAACCAGCAUGUUUUCGAUUUUGGAAAACUUAUGAUGGCCUAGACCUUAAUUCAAGGAAAAUCAUUCAAGAAAUCUUUUAUGAGAUUGAAUCUUUAAAGGAAAAAAAUCACCUUGUAGUGAAAAAAAUUAGUUUUGUUGGUUAUUCACUAGGUGGUCUCAUAUCUAGGUAUGUCAUAGGUUUAUUAGAUGAAAUCGGGUUUUUCGAUAUUGUUGAGCCGGUGUUUUUUUCAACUUUUGCAACUCCUCACUUGGGAGUUCAGUUUUACAAGAAAAACGUGUUUGAUGGAAUUGCAAAUAAUAUGGGGCCAUAUGUACUUGGAAAGUCGGGCGGUCAAUUGUUUUUAGCCGAUAACGACAAGGUUCUUUUAGAAAUGGCACAUCCAGAGAAGAAGUUUUUCAAAGGCUUGACAAAGUUUCAAAAACAUAUUCUUUUGGCUAACAUCAAAAAUGACCGAACCGUGGCGUUCUACACAUCGUUCAUCACCCUGUAUGCACCAUUUGAGGAGCUUGAUAAAGUGAAAAUAAAGUACUUGAAAGGAUUACCAAAUAUCAAAAUAGCUAAUAAAGUAGUGAGACCAAAAUUUGUAGAUUUGACCAGGUCCCACAUUCUUCGCGACGAAGACUCAAAGCACUUUGGUGGUAACGUACAAGAAGAAACCCCAUUUCUUAGAAGAAGCAAAGUGACAAAAUUGCUAUUUGUUUUGUUGUUGUCAUUCAUAUUUGUGCCUUUUUGGAUUCCCUUUGUGCUCGCUACGAGCUCAGUAGUAUCGCUCUACAGUUACAUCAAAGCCAAAGUACACAAGAAUCCAAACAUCAAAGAACAUUGGUCGCGAGUUGCUCAUUACGUGUAUGAAAAUUUCCCAAUAGAUCCCCAUGACUCAAGAGCGAGUCAAAAGCAGAGAAUUAGGCGGAAACAGUUGGCAGAUCAUGAAAGCUUCAAAGGUGAUACUUCCCAAAUUGCGGAAAACACUAUGGAGGGAAUGUUUUAUGCUGAAGAAAGAUUUGCAAGCAGAGCUUCCGGUGGUGCAGAGAUCAACGACGAUGACGAUGAAGAAAACGAAAUAGAAGGAAAAGGAAAAGAAGAAGAAGAAGAAGAAGAAGAAGAAGAAGAAGAAGAUAACGAAGAUUGUUUUUCCAAACCGAUUAUAAAUAAUACAAUAGAAAGCAGUACAAACUCAAACACUACUGGUACCAAUGACGAUACCGAUAUCAACAACAGCACCACUGUAGAUGCGUUUGAGCCAGAUAUGGAUUUUGACUCGCUUGAUGAAAUCGUCAAGGGACAUCUUUCAACUUUGAAAAGUUAUAACCAGUUCCCAUUAUUCAAAUCCGAAACCGAACUACCCCUUAGUGAAAAGGAAAGAUUCAUUAUGGAUAACUUGAACAAAAUUGACUGGAUCAAAGUCCCGGUUUUCCUUGAUGUAUGGAAUGCCCAUGAUGGUAUUGUAAGUCGAAGAGGCCCCAAGGCAAAUCCCAAAGGUGCUGCUACAGUUGGCUUGUGGGUAUCUCUCUUGAGAGCUCUUAUGCAGCAAGAAAAGACUACUAUCGAGCGUAGCGAGAGGCCUCCAGCAGUGAGGCAAUUCCAUAGAUCUACUCAAUUCAUCAAUAACAGUUUCAAGACAAGGGCAAUUGUUUGUGCGAGUACAGGACUCGGGGUAGUGUUGUAUUCGUGGAGUUCGCUAAAAGAUAGUUUGCUUAAUGAUGUACGUGCAUUGGACACUUCAAUACAUGAGCUUGUUCCCUUGAAGAGCGCUGAUACUUUUGAACAAGGUCUUUAUCAAGCAUCUCAAAAUGAAGAGCUCCAACAGUUUGACGAGUUUCGAGAAAGUAAGACCGGCAGCUCUUCCAUAUUUGUUCGAAUAAUUUACCGCUUGCUAUUCGCGUUUGAAGACUAUAUUGCAGACCCUUUGCUCACGUUUGGGAGAUUUAUAGAAUUGUCGUGCAUAUUUUUGCCGGUAUUGUUAAUUAGUCCAAUAUGCUGGUUUGGUAAUAGGCAUCGAAACAAUGAAGGAUUGCUCGUGCGUACUGGUGCAACUUUGUGGUAUCGGUAUCUUCGAUGGACUCUUGAGCUAGCGGGAGCCUCAUUCAUCAAAUUGGGACAAUGGGCUGCUAGUCGAACAGAUAUCUUUCCACAAGAGAUGUGUGAUGAAUUGGCUACUUUACAUAGCAAUGCUCUGGCGCAUAGCUUUGCUGCAACUAAGAAAAUUGUUGAAAAAAGUUUUGAAAACUUACCCUUUAACGAGAUCUUUGACGAGUUUGAUGAAAAGCCGGUUGGUGUUGGCGCCAUAGCACAGGUUUACAUUGCAAAGUUGUCAAAGAAAGUGUUGCAAAAGGCGGCAGAGGAUGAAAAAAGGGUUGAGAAUUUGUUAAAGACAGAAAAUGUAGACGACGAACCCAAGGAGAACAAGAAGCAGUUUUUCAACAAGUUAGUGGUAACUGAGCAUUUGAGCAUUAAUGAAGCUGUUGCUAUUAAAGUUUUACAUCCAAAUGUAGAAGUUAAAAUCAAUAGGGACUUGAAAGUGAUGAAGUUUUUUGCAGAUUUUAUAAACAUUAUUCCUACCAUGGAGUGGUUGUCUUUGCCAGAUGAAGUUGAGCAGUUUUCAAUAUUGAUGCGAUUGCAGUUGGAUUUGAGAAUAGAGGCAAUGAAUUUGGCAAAGUUUAGAAAAAACUUUGAAAGUCGUUCAGAUAUACAUUUUCCUAAACCAUAUUUGAACUUCACCACCAGAGAUGUUUUGGUUGAAGAGUAUAUUUAUGCGAUACCAUUGAGCAAACUUUUGAACUUGUCUGAAAAUUUCGGAAAGAAUUUAUCAAAAGAAGUGAGCGACAAAGGAUUAGAUGCUUUUCUUAAGAUGUUGAUUUUAGAUAAUUUUGUGCAUGCGGAUUUGCACCCUGGUAACAUGAUGGUGCGGUUCUACAGAAACGAGCUUUUUCCGCAUGCUAAAGAAUACAAAAUUGUGAAAACAGCAAAUGACCAGGACACAAAUAGAGUAACCAAGGAGCUCAUGCAGCUUGGAAAUAACCAAUCUGCUUGGUGCGAGAGAUUAGCAAGGUUGUAUGAGGAAGGCUACCAUGCAGAGAUAUGCUUUUUAGAUGUUGGGUUGAUUACUGAGUUGAAUCACAAGGACCGAGUUAACUUCAUUGAUCUAUUCAAGUCUCUCUCUGAAUUUGAUGGAUUUAAAGCGGGUGAGUUGAUGGUGGAGAGGUCGCGAACACCAGAGACGGCAGUUCAUAAGGAAGUUUUUGCAUUAAAAGUGGAAAAAUUGGUGGACAAAAUGAGAGAUAGAACGUUUACUUUGGGAAACGUGAGUAUAGGAGAUUUACUUGAACAAGUGUUGGGCAUGGUCCGUACGCAUCAUAUUCACACUUUAGUCAAGUCAGAUAUGCUAAGUCCCAACACCAUGCCUAUCAAGUCAUUAGAAUCCUAUUUGUUUGAAAGAAAGCUUGUCUUUCAGAGCUCAAUCGACAUCUUGACGAAUUCCACUAUUGGGAUUGAUGUAGAACAUUACUUGAGUAAAAUCUACACUCAAAAAAAGGAGCAUUAUUUGUCAGCAAUUGGAGGUGUACCAUCUUCUUUGAAGGAGUACUUGCAAUCUGAUUUAGAGGUGUUCAAGCAAUAUAACAUUAAGCCGAUAUUUGUGAUAUCGGGGUUGAAAAUAGAGUCCCAGUUGACCAAUUAUAGACCAGAUGAGUUGUCGCCUUACGAACAAAGCGUCGAGCACACUUGGAACAAGAUAAGUAGUUUCCAGAAGCAAAAUGCUCACCAACACCAACACCAACACCAUUUCCCCGGAAUGGAAAGUUUUAGGUCAUUAACGGAAACGAUCCCAUUAGAGCCAAUGAUAAACGAUUUGGUUAUAAACUUUAUCGAACUAGGUAUCGACUAUCUAAUAACUCCCUAUGAUGCCUCAUUUCAAUUGUCGUAUUUGUAUCAAAAGAGAAUUAUCGAUACCGUGUACGCUUCUACCGACAUUAUGUUAACACGUAUAGAUAAGUUUAUUUUGGGAAUGGAGUUCCAAUCCAAGGAGUUUCGGUUUGUUGACAAGCGCAAAGUGUUGCAAGAACUAGCAUUGAAUGAGCGGCAAUUUAUGGAUCUCAGUUUAAUGGUGGGUUGCGGCUUACAACCCCACACUUUCCCAAUCUUUCAGCCUCAGCAUAGACCAACUCCGCAGCAACAGUUUCCUCCUGUGAGCUAUUUCAAGCAAGGUUUGGAUAUGGUGUACCAAUACAUACAAUUUAGCGGGAACAACAAUGACCUUUAUGGCUAUAUCCUAAACUUUAAUGAACCAAAGUUUAUUGAUUGGUACAUAGCAGGCCAUGUGGCCUUGAAGUAUGUUCCAAUCAUGACACAAGAAGGAUACACCGAGUUGUAUAAUGUGGAGAUUGCAAAAUUAAAAUUGAACAAAAACGUUGAUUAUUUAACAGACGAAGAAGAUGAAACAGAAACCAAAAGUGCCAGCGGCAAAAUGGCUGAAGAUAAACGAAUUGUUAAAGUCCCAAGCGGCUUGCAUGAAGUGAUUUCGCAAAGGUUACCUCCCGAGCUUUAUCUUUAUCAAUCUGUUGGAUUGUUGCCCUUGGGAUUGUUGAGUUCAAUAGCGCGAGGCUCUCACAAUGUGAGACCCCCAUUAGAAAUGGGUUAUAGUGUCACAUACCAAAAGCUAGUGGCUUCCAAAUUCUAUACUGACCUCUUGGACUACCAGUACAAUUUGAUCACUCAACUAUUGGCACGCUACUAUCAGGUAAAGAAGAUAAAAGUUAAAUUCUGGUUCAAAAAUAGUGUAGAGGAGCUCAAUAACAGGAUCACACCUUCUGUGGGCAAAAGAGUUGAAAAACUCUAUACUGUGCUUGAUGGUGGUCUCGAUGAUAAGUUUGAUUUACAAACUUUUUUCACUAAUGGGUUGAAUAGCGAAUCCACCACCACGAUUAAAGAAAUCAAAUCACCUCGCGAUGUUUUAUCUACUGCCGUACUAAGAGCGCUUGUAUUGUAUGGUAUCAUUGAUGAGAAGCAACUGCAGAGUUCGUUGUCAUCUAUUGGUAAGAUUUUGCAAAGCUUUUGCAGUAAAAACAAGCUCAAGCAAAAAGAUUUAGAACACCUAGUAGCAAUUUUAUUACUUUUGAAAUCAAACAGUUUGAAGCUAGACCUGAGUGAAAAGGAGUUCACAGGUACUCCAAAAUCGUACAAGAAUAUCCAUUUGGCCGGGAGCGGGGCUCCUUAUAGCUUAACCGAGAUUGAAUCCAAAAGCAUUCUUCUUAUUUCUAGGAUAUUUUCCUUAAAGGGAUUUAGUGCCUCGCCAAUCAAUUACCAAGGCCCUAUAUCACGGAACCUUUUAAGUUUUAGAAGCCACAUUGAGUUUGUGACAUCUAAUCUAUUACACACUAUUGAGUGCCUAUUAAUCGACUUGAUUGUUCGACAAGAAAACAACCAUAUCAAAGCAGGCUACCAAAGUAAAGAUGACUGGUAUAAACUAGUUUCUCAGAUUCCCUUUUAUCAAAGUAUAAGCAACACUUUGAUGGGGAUCGUAGCAGAGAUAUACUUUGAAGUGGCACUAAAGCACCAAAAGACGCCAGGAACAAAUAUUCAAGAUUCUAUACUAUUUGCAAAAGACUAUCUCGCAAACCACAUAUUUCUUGUUCAUUCUCCAAAUCACAAUAUCAAUAUUCAAGGGCUGAAUGCUGUUACAAAAGCUCAAUUGGAAACCGAUUUACAAGAUGGUGUACAGUGGUGGAAAACAUUUGUUAACUUUAUGAAGAUAGUCAAUGAGCGACUGAAAGUUAGUAGACGCUUGUUUACGUCGACUUUGCGAGUAUUCACCGCUGAUGUACACGAGCUUAAUAAUGGUGGUGGACCAUUUCUUUCCAGUACUUUUGGAAAUCCUUCCACUCUACUUUCCAUACUGGUGCCUGACUCGGGAGACAUUUUUGUUGCUCAGAGUUCUAUUUUGGGAAUAACCGGAGACAUAAAUUUCGUACACAGAGAGUCAAAGUUAUUGCAUGGAGUCACUUAUCACAAGUUGACAUCAUCAUCAUUAUCAGCAGUAGCACCAUCAGCAGUAGCACCGUCUACUUUACUUGUCGGCGGGAGAAGAAAUAACUACACCAUUUUAGAUUUGGCUGAACAAUGGCAAGUUCUUGAUGUUUCCAGAGUCGUAGCAUGGACAGGUGUAGAUACAGAAAUUGAAAUUGAAAAGGUUGAGUUGCUUAUGAAGCGUAGAUCUUUGAAAUUAUCAGGAGCGGGUUCUUUAGUACUCAAAGGAAACUCAGAGAUGGCUAGGUUGAAUGUGAAGGAAAAUGAAGAGGCUUACAUCAAUCCUAAUGCAUUGAUAGCUGUAGCUGGUCUAGGAGCUAAUGACUUGAAGAAGGAUCUAUUAACUGUGCCAACUUAUGAAUUACACCAAUUGGAAAUAUCCCAUUUUAGUUGGCCACAAUUUAUUGUUGACCCUGUGCACAAUUUUAGAAAAGACGCUUUGGCGAAACUUCUGGAGGCUAAAACAUACUUGCGUCAGUAUUACGAGCCUCUUGUUCCUUAUAUCACCUAUCUCAGUAAAGGACUCGGCAACUUGUGGUAUAAACUAUAUACACAAAUCAACGGCAAAUUCAUUAGAAAGAAACCAAUUUACAUCAAAAUUUCAGGUCCAUGUUCAGCACUUUUCGAGAACCAGCCGAUGCUACACAAUAGCGACAUAUUCACAAAUAAAGAGAUUAACGACGUUUAUAAAUGA